UCCUGCCAAUCACCUGCCCGACUCUCAGGUGGCGGGGCGCGGCUCGCAGCGUCUUUGGUAACCCGGACCGCUGUGAAGGAGAGGACGAAGGGCAGUGAGCGGUGGGCUGCCUGGGUGGGGGCUGCGGAGGUACUCCGGGGUUCCCAAUCGGGUCCCGGUGGCCGGAGGAGGAGGAGGAGGACGGCAGCCCUCACUCCAGCUGAAAGGUAGCGGACGUCCUUGGGUGCACCUGAAGGACGGGGACAAGGACCAGACGCGGUUCCGGAUGCGGGCGGUGCCCAUUGGAAUUUAUUUUCAUCCACUGUUUUUUAAUGUAAGGAGGGGAAAUGACUGCUGGUUCAGUGUGUGUCCCUCAAAUCAUUCCCCUGCGGGUGCCUCAGCCUGGAAAAGCCAACCAUGAAAUUGAUAACAAUACGCUUUUGGAAAUGAAAUCAGACACCCCAGAUGUCAACAUAUAUUAUACCGUGGAUGGCAGCAAACCUGAAUUCCUAAAGAAAAUUGGUUAUGGUGAAAACACUACGUUUAAGUAUACGAAGCCUAUUACUCUGCCUGAUGGAAAAAUACAAGUUAAAGCUAUCGCAGUGUCUAAAGACUGCAGACAGAGUGCCAUGGUAACAAAGGUGUUUCAGGUGGACUAUGUACCGCCAGAUACAGUCCCUUCAGAAGACGAUGUGGAAAAUGUUCUCAAAGACCCUCCAGAGCAGGAACUGAAAAAUGGAUUUGUUGAAUCAAAAGGGAGGAAGAAAUAUAAGAAUGUUGAAAAUAAACUGGGUUGGAAUGUUAACCUUGGAAAGUUUCCAGACGUGGGUGAAAGAACUGACCCUAAAACUCUGAAAGAUCUUCGGUUCUCAGAAAGCCCACGGGAAACCCCAGCUUUCCGUGAAGAAUCAGGCUCUCGACCAGCUACCCAGCAGCCCCAGUUCCCUGGUUUUGCACAUAUAACUGGCCAGAAGAGUUUGACAAGCACAGAGAUCAUGAGGAUUCAAAGGGAGACAGACUUUCUCAAGUGUGCCCACUGCCUUGUGCCCCGCCCGUCUGACCCCUUUGCCCGCUACUGUCUAGAAUGUGGCUCUUCUGUCCCGCCCAUAUUUGGCUGUCGUCUCCCACCCCCAGAAGGAGCUCAGGUCCUGCCAGCUCCCCGGGGGGAGAGUCCUCAUGAGUGUCACAGGAUCCCGCCUGCUCCGGGGCCAGCUCUGGUCUGUGUCACCCCAGUGAACUUCUCAGCCAUCCAGUGGGUGACAGCCACACCCAGUUCAAUGGGCUUAUGUGCAGAAUGUGAAAACCUGGUGCCCAUGAAUACGCCCAUCUGUGUGGUCUGUGAGGCUCCUCUCGCUCCACAGCUGCAGCCACAGGCCAACCCCCGCUUGAAGGAGAAAGUGAUCUGCCGCACCUGCGGCACAGGGAACCCUGCUCACCUGAGAUACUGUGUCACCUGUGAGGGUCCCCUGCCUUCAUCACAAGAGCCUGGCGUUGCAACUUGCUCCUCCGUUUGUUAUAAAUGUGGAGCCAGCAAUCACCCAUCUGCACGAUUCUGUGGCUCCUGUGGUAUUUACGUGAAGUCCUUGGCAAGACCUAGUGUGGAGAACAGCUUGGCUCCGGCUGCUGGAGAACGUGGCCCUUUUGCUGAGCCUCGAUCUGCCUGGCAGCCCCUAAAUGUUCCUUUGCCCAAGCCUGUUGCUGGGCCUAAGAAGGAUGUGGGCACACAGACCACUGGCCUGUUCUACCCAUCUGGGACCCUCCUGGCAAAAAAAGAACUGGAAAUGGCUUCUCAGAAGCAGAGGCAGGAGAAAAUGAGUGACCAUAAACCUCUCCUCACAGCCGUCAGCCCAGGGAGAGGAUACUGGAGAAAACAGGUGGACCAUAUCUCCGCUCACCUCCGGUCUUACGCUCAGAACAACCCUGAAUUCCGGGCCUUGAUUGCAGAGCCCAGGAUGGGAAAGCUCAUCUCUGCUACCGUCCAUGAGGAUGGCUAUGAAGUUAGCAUCAGGCUGAAUUAUAUUCAAGUCUCAAACAAGAACCUUUACCUGAACAAGGCGGUGAAUUUCAGCGACCACUUUCUGAGCAGUGUCACCGAGGGAGGGAACGGCCUGUUCGGCAGCGGGUCCAACCUGGUGAGUGACUACAGCCAGAGCACCCCAGACACCACGGAGAAAGUCACAAGGACCAAGAAUUUCAAGACCAAAACGUUUCAAGAGAAGAAGCAGCAGCUUACGCCUGAAAACAGGCUUCUGCUGAAGGAAGUCGGACCAGCAGGGGAAGGAAGAGUGUCUGUGAUGGAACAGCUACGUGAUGAAGGAGCAGAACCCAACUGCAGUGACAAGGAAGACCAGCCCGUUCUGAGCCUGGCGGUCACGAACAAGCACCAUGAAGCGAUCCCGGUUCUCGUGCAGCGGGGCGCGGAUGUGGACCAGCAGUGGGGCCCAUGCAACGCAAGCAUUCAGAAGAAGAACGCAAGAGACCAGACGGCGUAUGACCUGGCCCUGGAAACUGGGGAUGACCCCGUCAUCUCGCUCUUUGCUGCUAAGCUCAGCCUGGAUGACCGUUAGCCCUGAGGGCCCCGCAGGCUUCCUUUAAAGAAACCGCCCAGCUCUGGCUGUGCUUUGUUCUCUUCCUUCUGAAAUGCGUAUUUGAGGUUUGGAAACUGAGCUCGAGAGGCACUCAUAAGCUUUUAAAAGUUAUGUGACAGUAUAAGCCCCCAACACCCCAUGAGUAUUUCCCCAAAUGCCCUGGAGAGUGAUGAAUUUAGUGUAUGCUUUCAGUGGUGUAUUGCUGCUUGUCUUAGAAUUUGCUCUUUAAUAUUAUUUCUCAGUAGAUAAAAUUACACACGGUUCUAAGCCAAAAGGUAUAAAAUGUUGUGAAGUCUCCCUCUCGUCCCUGCCCCACAACCACCCACGUCCCCUCCACAAAGGCCACCAGUGACAUCCGUGUCCGUCGUGUCUUUCCAGAAGUAGUGUAGGAUUAUAUAAGCAAAUGUACGUAGUAUGUGUAUGUGUUCGUACAGAGUACACGUAAAAUAUAAGUAGAGGUAACACAUAUUCUGUCCCCUUGUCUAAGACAAAUCGUGGGAAACCACGUACUGUUCUGCAUGUUGUUUGCUUAAUAUCUAGUAAGUGGUUCCAAAUUAGUUAGUGCAUAAAGAUUGAGCUUAUUAGAAUUUUUCCUUAUUAAGCUAAACUCAUCAAUAUUCCUGUUGUUAUGGCUUGUUCUUUGGUUGACAAGUAAGCUUUGAAUAAACCAACUGCAGGAAUGUGU